AAAGCGAACGAGGAAAAGUCACUAGAUUUCUUAGCCUCUACUCAUUAUCACAUAGAGGUUCACUGCUCAUAUACCUCUACUUUCUACCUUACGACACCCUAGACCAUUUCUGCUUCCAUUUCCCAUACCGACCUAAAACACCUUCGAUAACACAAUGGCCGAUACUCAAGCCCCUGUUAACGGCAAUUACCCUGUACCCCACGCCUAUCAUGACUCUUACAACCAUGCCCACGCUGUUGCCAACAAUGCCUCGAAUUUCCAGCCAGCGCAAUCUACCACUCCCACUAAUGUCCCGCCUAGUGAGCAGAAGAAUGCGAUCUCUAAGGACGAGGUCGGUUGGUAUUUUGUUGAGCAAUACUAUACCAAUAUGAGCCGUAGUCCAGACAAGUUGCAUCUUUUCUACUCUCGGCGCUCGCAGCUUGUCUUUGGAACUGAAGCAGAGUCGGUUCCUGUUGCUGUGGGCCAGAAGGCUAUCAAUGAGAAAAUCAAACAGCUUGACUUCCAAGAUUGCAAAGUCCGUGUUUUGAACGUCGAUUCUCAGGCUUCAUUUGACAACAUCUUAAUCUCCGUCAUCGGUGAGAUCUCCAAUAAGUCCGAGCCGUCUCGCAAGUUUAUCCAGACCUUCGUUCUUGCUGAGCAACCCAAUGGAUACUAUGUUCUCAAUGAUAUCUUCAGAUACUUGGUUGAUGAGGAGGAUAUUGUGAAUGAGGAGCCCGCUCCCGCUGCGCCUGCCGAGCCUGUCGAGCCUGUCGAGCCUGCCACAGAGCCGGCUGCGGAUGAGCCCGCACAGCUUGAGACCGAGAGUGCCCCGACUGCGGAGCCCCAGGAUGCCAACGAAGUCACAGCUGCCAAGGUGGACGAGAAGCUUGAACAGGUGGAAGAAAAGGCCGAGGAAAAGCAACCGGAGGAACCUGCACCUCAGGCCAACGGAACCGAGGCACAGAGCAGCGAGGAUGUUCAGGAACCUCCCGCCUUGGCUGAAUCUGAAGCUUCUAAGACGGAAAAGCCUGCGACUCCGGAGCCUACGCCUGCCCCGACUACCCAGAAAGAAACUGCUGCUCCGGCCAAAGAGCCUGUUGUACCCGCCAGAGCCGUACCAAAGACCUGGGCCAACAUUGCCUCUAAGUCCGGUGCUACUGCCCCUGUUGUGCCUGCCAUCCCCGUUGCUCCUGUUAAGCCGGCGCCUGUUACCAGCUCCGCCCAGUCUGUUCCUACCCCCCCUGCUGCGGCUGCCACACCUACUCCUGCUGCUGAGAGCACUCCUAGCCAGCCUCCCUCCAACGAUGGAUCUGGCUGGCAAACUGCUGGUCACGACCAUAAGAAGACCCAGCCUCGUGCGGGUGAUGACCAGAAUGUUAUGGCUUAUAUCAAGAACGUCACCGAUAAGGUCGAUGCAAACUUGCUCAAGCAGACUUUGUCCCGCUUUGGAAAGCUCAAGCAUUUCGAUGUGAGCCGCCAGAAGAACUGUGCUUUUGUUGAGUUCGCUGACCCUGCCGGCUACACCGCUGCUGUUGCUGCCAACCCGCAUCAGAUUGGAAGCGAGCAGAUCUCCGUAGAGGAACGCCGUUCUCGUACUAGCGCCUAUGGGGGAAAUACCAACUAUGGCGCUGGUCGGGGUGGCUCCGGCCGUGGUCGCGGCGACCGUGCCGGCAGCCAGGGCCGGGGUGGCUUCCAGCGUGAUGGUCGUGGUGGCUUCGCUCCCCGUGGCCGUGGCGGCAGUGGCAACGUCAAUGCUAAAGCCCGCAACCAGGCACAGACUGCUUAGAGCAGAUCACUACUUCGUCUUUCUCUCAAACGGAGAGGCGGGAAAAAUAAGAACAAAA